AUGAAAAAUCAAAUUCCCAAAACAAAUACAACCGUUUUUAACAUGUUUACAAAUAUAAAAUGUCAAAUUGCAAUUAACGCGUAUCGUGUCGACAUAUCAACCUCCUGUUUAGAACCAUGGGAAAGUCUACUUUUUCAUUUAUUGGUCGCUCUAAGUCUUGCAUUAUUCAUCUUUGCUGCUUUCGAGCCAUACGUCAAAGGAAAUGAAGGAAAUGUACUAGCG